AUGACUUCAACUACUGUCGCUCAACAUACAACACAACCAUUAAAUUUUGGUCCAGAAUGGCUUCGAGCUUUAUCAACACCCGAAUCAACAACAGCUAUUCCAACAUCAAGUGGUAGUGGUAGUGGAACUAUUUUCAAAUUUUCAGCAACAAAAUAUCGCUAUUCAAAAGAUGAAAUAUUAGCAUUACGUUCGAAUGUAACUGAACGUUUAUCAGAAGAUGUACGAAAUGAAAUAAUGGAAAAUUUAAAAGAUGUUGAAAGUGUUUUUCGUCUAAAUAUAAUCGAACCAUUAACAUUAACUACACCAACAGCUGAAGAAACAGCUAAAAUGAAUUCGUUAUCAAGUUAUAUUUCUGGUCGAACACCAGGUGGUGGUGGUGGUCGCGGUGGAAAUAAUUCACAACCAUCACAACAACAGCAACAUGAUACACGAACUAAUCGUGGUGGAGGUUUAAUAUCAAAUGGACGUGGUAGUGGAUCGAGAGGCAGAGGUGGACGUGAUCAUACAUUUGGAUCAACUCGGGGAAAUAAUAAUUCUGAAGAUAGUGGUGAAACUGUAGGAGGUAGUGGUGGUGAUGAUACAUCAGGACCAUCCUCAUCAACAUCAUGGUCACGUGGUGGUUAUCAUUCACGUGGCGGUGGAGCGUUUGGCAACCGUGUACGGUCUUAUGAUGAUCGUGAACAACCUCAAUCAUUUCGUCGUGGUGGUGGUACACGUCAAACAUCUGAAGCGUGGCGUCGAUCACGAGGAGAUGAGGAUGAAAAUCACGAUCAAGGUGAAGAUUUAUCACCAUCUACAAAUGCUUCUACCUCUUGGGCAUCUCGAGGUGGACAAACAAGACGAGGCGGCGGUGGUAGUGGUGGAUCAAUGGAACAUCGUACAAAAUCCAAUGAUAAAUGGAGUCAUACAGAUGAUCGACCUGGUCCGUCAAAUAGCUAUGAGUCAAAUCAAACGCGUGGAUGGCGAUCAAAUACGGCGAUGUCUGAUCGUGAUCUUAAUUCACGUCGUCCACAAACAAAACGAGAACGAAUGCCUGAAUGGAUGAAUGAUAAUAAUGAUAAUGAUAAUCAAUUGAAUAGUGCACCAUUCGAAUCAGAUGAACCAUUUACUAGUACAUCAUCAAAACGACAAACUAAUGAUGAUAAUAAUGAACAACAACAAAAACCUCAAUCUACAACUAAUGAUACAUCAUCAUCAAAUGUACAUGUUCAAUCAUCAAAACCACCAGAUGAGAAUAAACGUGAAAAAUCACCAUCACCACCAAUAGAUACAACUGCUGUUAAUAUUCCAAUACCAUCAGAAAUUCUUGAACCUAAAUCAAUACCUCCUGUACAACAUACUCCUUCAACAUGGGAUGAUGAAUAUGAACCGAGUGAUGUAGCAACAACUGUAGUUGAAUCAACACUUGCUGAUGAUCAUGAUUAUUCUCCACCAAUAUCUAUUCAUACAACUCCUCAUCCUAUUACAAUAGAACCAACUCCACCAGCUGUUGUACCAAUUAUUCCACAACAACGUGUACAACCACCUGUAAUUAUUGAUGAUAAACAAUGGUUUUAUAAAGAUCCACAAAAUACAGUACAAGGUCCAUUUUCAUCAGCUGAUAUGGAACGAUGGUUUGCAGCUGGAUAUUUUACGAUACUUUUACCUGUUAAACGUUUGGGCGAAACACAAUUUUCAACUAUACAACAAUUAACAAAAGAAUUAGGUCGUUUACCAUUUCGUACUGAUGCUCCAACACUUCCACUACCUGUACAACAACAACAACAACAACAGCCAAUUGUAUCAGAAGCACAAAAAUUUAAUUCUAUGUUGUAUGCAACACCAUCAACAGCAAAUAAUGCUUAUAUUGAUGAGUAUUUAAUGCAACAACAACAGCAACAACAACAGUCAAGACAAAAUCUUCAACAUUCAUUAUUUAAUAGACAAACAUCAAUGCCUUUAUCAACAGCUGAUAGAAAACCAGUUACAUCUCCAACAAUGAUAAAUUCUCAAUUACAAGCAUAUUUUGCUUCUCAACAACAACAACAACAACAAUCACAAUCAUCAUCAUCUCUUUUUUCAUCAAAUUUAGUUAAUGAACCUGCAUUAGUCUAUCAACAACAACCACAAUUACAACGAAGUAUAUCAGCAACAAAUCAACAACAACAACAACAACAACCAUUAUUCGAUGAACUACAUCAUCAUUCAUUUCGUCAAAUAUCAUCACAACCAAAUACAUUAUCAUCAUCAACAACAUCAUUUUUUGGUACAAAUUCACCAAUUUCACAAUCUCAAAAACCAGAUGAUAUAAUGACGCGUCUUGCACAAGCAAUGCAAAAUCACGGACAACAACAACAAGAAAAAGUUGAAGAACAACGUCGUGUUGAACAACAACGACGUGAAGUUGAAUUAGAACGUUUAAAAUUGGCACAACAAGCAGAACAAUUACGUUUACAACGUGAAGAAGAAGAACGUCGUCAAUUGGAACAGAAACAAAAAUUUGAAGAAGAACGCCGUCAAUUAGAACAAAAACAAAGAUUUGAAGAUGAAUUACGUAAAAAAAAUGAAACAACUGUUAAUAAACAAAUUAUAUUUGAUCAAAUGAAAGAAAUGGCUAAAACAAUGGAUCAGAAAAAACAACAACAACAACAACAACAACAACAACAGCAACAGCCCAUUAAAUCACAAACAAAAGUUGAAAUUGAUCCAUUUUUAGCUUUUCAACAAUCGCUUCAAUUUCAAAAAGAGCAACAAGCUAAAAUUGAAGCACAAAAAGCAGAAAAUGUUCGACGUUAUCAACAACAAAAUCGAGAACAAUCUCAACCACAACCACAACAACCAACAUUCAAAUUACCAGAAACAGCAAAUUGGGCACGACAUCCAUCACAUAAUAAUGAUCAAAUGCAAACAUUAAAUUUUGUUGAAAUCCAAAAACAAGAACAAGAACAAGAACGACGUGCUCGAGAAGCAGCUAUUGCUGCUCAACAUCUUGCUAAAAGUGAAAAUUCAAAUAUUCCUAAUUCACCAUCAUCAUCAAAUAAACCUGGUUCAUGGGCUCGAACAUUAUUUGCUGGUAAUAAUAAUCGAAAUAAUACUAUUUCAUCAGAUCAUGAAACUAAUGAGAAUACAUUACCUGAUUCACCAACAACAUCAUAUAAUCAACAAGCAACAAAUGCGGUACUUUCUCUUUUAAAUAUUCAUCCUAAAUCUCGAUCAACUGCUAAUCAACAAUCAACACCAUGGAAUGCAACAAACAAUGCAUCAAAUACAUCAUCACUUCAAGAUAUUCAACGACAACAACAACAAUCUCAAAAUGAAACAAAACAACAAAUUCAACAACAACAACAACAACAACAAACACAUUCAAGUUCUUCUGGUCAAUCAACACCAGCAUGGGGUGGUAUUUUUCAACAGUCUACACCAUCAUCAUCAUCAAUAUUUUGGGGAGAUAAUCAACCUAGUUCAUUACCAACUACUAAGCCUACUGCAACUAGUAAUACUAAACCAUCAACACCAUGGACUGAAUUAAAAUCUGCCACAGUACCAUCGUCAACAACAAAAACAAAUCCAGCAAACGUUGAAUUAUCCAAAAGUGAACGUGAAGCAAAAUGUUUAUUUACAACAAUGCGUACACAAGAUGCAUUAUCAAAAUGGACACAAACACAAUUUAACGAUAAUUUACAAGCUAUUGAUGUUCCAACACUUGUUCAAUUAUUGAAAGAUAUCGAUAGCCCGGAAGAAAUUGUCGAAUAUGUUCAACCAUAUAUAGGUUCUGUUAUAAAAACUAAAGAAUUUGCUAAUGAUUUUAUUGCAAAACGUAAACAAUUAGCAAAUGCUGAACCGGAAUUAGAUAAUGAACGUUUACAUGAAUUAGCUAUGGCACCAACAUCAUCGAAUACAAAUUCUGGUAAUGGUGGUGAUGAAGGUUUUCAAUUAGCAUCAAGUAAUGGACAAAAGAAAAAAGCUAAAAAGAUGAAAGGACAAAAAAUCGAUGUUAAACAACUUGGUUUUAUGGUUAAUAAUCGACCAGAACAACGGGAUGAUAUUGAUAAAGUACCCAUGUAA